AUGAAUGGGCAUGAUUCUGUUACAAAAAUAUCUCAUAUUCUGAAUGGACCAGUUACAGAAAAGGGAAUGCUGCAAAAGCAACCUAAUGAAGGUUUUAAAGUCACAGAUAUUGAAUCAGAGAUGCAGGGUCAAUCUUCAAUCAAACAAGGGAAAUCACCGGGACGCGCUGCAACUUCUACUGCCAAUCAUAAUUUUAAUCCAUUUUUCUAUACGCAAUUCAAAUCUCGUGCUGGAGCACCAUUUGCACCUGAAACAAUAAAGGGCGUAGAUUUGAUAGGGCCGCCAGAAGAUAUACCUGCAAGAGUGUUUCAUGAAAAGACGGGUUUGUUCUACCAAAUAUCUCCACACUCUAUACCAACAUUUACCGUAGCGAAAAAGGAUCUCCCGGACCCCAUAAAAUUUUAUGAAUUAGUACAAGAUUUAGGGACGAUUUAUGGAUGUGUCAAGCUAAAAGUUCAACUUGAUGAUGACAAGUUUGCUCAACUAAAUGUCGAUAUGGAUCGCUUCUGGUUUAAAGCAAGGAAACAAUCCUUCCAUUCGAAUGAAUUUCAAAGGGCCCAGAUAGUUGAUUUCCAUGCCAAGCUUUAUAAUUUUCACAAUAAAACUAAAAGAAAAAGUCCUCUCACAAGGAUCCCUAGUAUUGAUAAACGCAUUUUAAAUUUAUAUAGGCUAAGAAGUUGUGUAAAACUGAGGGGAGGGUUCAAUGCAGUUUGCGAAAAAAAAUUAUGGGCACAAAUUGGAAGAGAAUUAGGUUACUCAGGCAGAAUUAUGAGUUCGUUAUCAACCUCUUUGAGAUCCGCCUACGCUAAAAUUUUAUUGGAUUUUGAUAAAUAUGAAGAAGAACAGCAAGCCGUCCGUAAUAACGAAAGAAAAAAAGACUUAGUGGAACCUGCAAUACUUCAUCGUUCAAAUCAAAGGAAAAGGGAUGGAGAGAAAAUCAUACAGAAGGAGGAGCCAUUUUAUAAAAAGACUAAAAUACACCGUGAUGUUUUCAGGGCCGGAUCAAUUAACCAUGAGUUCAAAAGAAUGAGGGACAUAAAGCACAUAAAAGGGUUUCCGAUUUAUUUUGACUCGGUAACUGAGUAUAAACCAGGCUAUACACAAUCAACGGAGGCCACAUUACCGGGAUAUGAUUUCACCUUUUGGGAAAAUGGAAUGGAGAUAUAUGAUAAAAGCAAAUAUGAAACCAAAGCCUCUCCAGUGUACAAUUUGAGACAAUAUUAUGAAAAAAGCCAGGCGGUUUUCACCGCUAUUGCGGCGAAAUAUGGGAAAACCUAUCCAGGUUUGUCUGCAAACGGCACAGCAUUACCUCAAAAGGAAUUCGAGAAGUUGUAUUUUCAUUUACUAUCGGAGCAUUUUAUGGAUUUCGAAAUUGACACCGGUCUCGGUCUGCCUUGUUCCAUAAGAUCACCAGUAAACAAUUCGUUCAAUGAAAAGUUGACCAUUAAGAAUAUUCUGGAUCAAUGGAAUUUAGACAACAUUCCUCUCAAUGAACUAUCACUUUUAAAACACCUUGAUUUAGAUAUGGCCAAUUUCACGAGAACAACGUGUGAUGUCGGGAUGUUGUUUUCUUGUCAAGGUUGGUCUGUUUCGGAUCAUUUUUUACCUUCUAUUGAUUUCAAUCAUUUAGGUUCUACAAAAUUGAUAUACAGUAUUGCGCCAAAAGAUAUGGAGAAAUUUGAAGGUUUAAUCGCUCGAGGAAAAAAAGAAUGGGACGAUUUCCAAUCAAGGCCGCGCUACUUCACUUCUGAUAAAGAACGGGGAAGUUUUCUAGAAACGGACUUCUACAAGUCACUCUUGGAGGUAGAACAAUCUGCCGACUAUUCAAACGCGGGAAAUAAUUCAAGGAAUCUAUUUCGAGAAAAAAAGAUACCAGGAAAUACUCUACAUGAUGGUUCACAAAGCGACUUGAUAUUCGAGCCUAAUUUCAUCUUAGCCAAUGGCAUAGAGCUUUAUAAGACAACGCAGGAGCAGGGCUCAUACAUUUUUAAGUUCCCGAAGGCCUUCACGUGUUGUAUCGCAUCGGGUUUCUAUCUAUCACAGAAUGCAACCUUUGCACCGAUGUCAUGGUUGAAAUUCAGUUUUGAGGCAACAAAAUGGACAUCGAAGAUGGGGUUGCUCCCGGGUUUAGAUGUAAAUCAAUUAAUUAUCAACGCUUUAAUAAACUCAGAUAACCCCAAUUUGAAGAAGACAUGCCGCAAUUUAAUAAGUAACUACGUCCAUGAGGAAGCGGACUGCUGCAAAAAAUUAAGGGAGUUGGUUGGCACUGUGGAUGUAGUCUAUAAUAAAUUGGAUUAUAUUUCAGAUAUGAGUUUAGAGCCAACGGGUCUUUCAAAGAUCGUUAUGACAAAUAGUGCAUUGCAACGUGUUUUAUCUCUAAAGGAGUUCCUGAUACUGCUCGAAAGAUCAGAAAAUGGUACUCAUAGUAUAUGUGGCAUCCCAAUACGUGAUGAAGCUGGUAAUCUCAACAUUUGUUUGCAUUUAUAUUUCGAUAGCGCAAGCCUAGAUAUUGCUCUCGAUGGCUUGGAUAGCCCUUCGACUUCUUGUUUGGUUGUCCUCGAUGAAAAUUUUGAGAAGAAGUGGGACGCGUUAAUGACUUCCACUUUUAAGAAUAGAGCCGUGCCAUUAAAUAUAGUACAGUAUUUGCUCUCCCAUACUGAUAGUAAUACCGAGUUUAAUCGAAUGUUGCGCUCUAACUUUGAUGAUUCCUUGCUACUAAUGGAGGAAUGCAGAAAAUUUAUUACAGCUUGCGUGGAUUUUUCCUGUAGUGCUAAGGAUGUCGAUUUCGGUAACGGCUUCAAUUUACACCAAUUGCCGCUCAAGUUCUCUAACAAUAUGGCUAAUAAAUUGGAGAGCUUGUACGAAAGUGUGCAGAGGUGCUCCAUUGAAUUUUCAGAAAAGGCGGCAAUUACCAGACUAUAUCACGUAUCUCGACAGUUUCCUGUUGAUAAUAGCGACAUUAUUGAUGGUAAUAAUUUAGAUUUGCUCAAGGAGCUAUAUCAGAGAUCAUUAACCAUCCCGUUAAAGGUUUCUUAUUGGACUAAGUUGACCAGAAAAAUAUGUAGGCUUGAAUGGUUAUCAGUUUAUGAACAUAUAUUUAUUGAGCGAAAUGAUAUCAAGAAUGAAGAUCCUGCGAAAUAUUCGCUUCCAUUGUUAUAUUCUUACUUCGAAUUUGGCUUGAAAUAUUGUGACUCGGAAGAUAUAGAUAAGAUAAAGAAAGUAAGAGAGUUGAUUUUAAAAUACCAGGAUAUGAUGCAGAAAAUUCGAGUUUUUCUAAAAAAGGACCCACCCUCAAAAAUAGCACUAAGUGAUUUGGAAGACGUUUUAUUAGGUAUAGAAGAAUAUCGCUUACCUAUACAAAGUAGUUUUUUCAGUGAGCUUGAUUGUGUUAUUAGAGAAAUUGAGCAUGCAAAAAGAAUGAACGAUGUGGAUGUUUUUUAUAACACUGAUAAUAUUGAUAGAAUAGACGAACUUAUAAGAAAGAAUGAUCAUAAAUUCAUGAAGUUUGCAAAUCACUUUAAUGGUUCGAGGUUAGAUAAGAGACCACGGGCCAGUGGUAAUCCAGAACCAAUGAGAGCCAAACAGGAGUCAAAAAGUUAUAAAUUAUGGAGUCAGCAUUUGAGUCAGAUCAUGCAAAAGAACGAAUUCACCAAAAUACUACCCUCGGUUUUUAGAUGUUUAGAUAUCGAGUCAGACAAAUACGUUCCUCUGGAAAAUUGUGCCACGCAUCAAACGAAAUAUUGCUUUUGUAGAAGAGUUGAAGAAGGUACUGCCAUGGUCGAAUGCGAAAUAUGUAAGGAGUGGUAUCAUGUGGAUUGCAUUAACGACGGUAAAUGGGUUCCACCUGAUGAUCCAAACGUUUUAUUUGUUUGCUCGAUAUGUGCGCCUCCUCAUAUGACCGUUGAGGACACCAAAGGCCUAAUUUUUGAGUUUGAUGACUUGAAAAGACUCUUAAUAGAAUCUUUAAAACUAAGCAUGAUUCCAGACCCUCCCGUCUUGAAGAAUCUCUUUGAAAUUUUUGCGCUUGCUUUGAAAUUUAAGAGGAAAAUGGAAACGGAGCUACUUACGAAAGGUCAUAUAAAGCAGUCAACCUCUACGCACAAGAUCAAGUAUUAUUUAAGAAAGUUAAGAGGGUCGAAAUGUGGCUUUACUGAUCUGACGGGUCCCUUAAGGAAACAUUGUCAAGUGAGAGAUGCAGAAGCUAUAAAAUGUCUCAGAGAUAAUGGAAGAAUUAUAAUCACAGGAAUUCCAAAUUAA